AUGGCUCACCUGUUCCUCGCCAGCAAGAUCACAAUGCCCGAUGACCUCCACAGCAAAGGUGGCGGUGGCAGGGUCCCCCGGAGCGCCAUGAAGGUGCCGCCGUCCAUCUCCGCCGAGAAGCUGAGCCGGGACAAGCCCAGGAAGGAUCGUAGAGUCGUCGUGACAACGCACGUCCCGCAUGUCAAUGAAGUCCAGCUUACAGCGGCGACGGGCGGCGCCGAGAUGUCCUGCUACCGCUGCACCAUCCCGUUUGGCGUGGUGGUCCUCAUCGCUGGCAUUGUGGUGACGGCGGUGGCCUACACCUUCAACUCCCACGGGUCCACCAUCACGGUGCUGGGACUGGUGCUGCUGUCUGUCGGGCUGGGGCUGCUGGGCGCCAGCGCCAUCUGCUGGAAGGUCCGACAGAAGAAGAAAAAGGACAAGCGACGGGAGAGCCAGACCGCCCUCAUGGCGAGCCACGGGUACUGCGUGGUCUGAGCUCAGACCUCUGACGUGAAUAACAACACAAACUAACAGGAUUUGAGACGCUUUACAAACUGCAGAGACCUCGCUGUGCUGUUUCCUCCUGCAGCUGACGCGAGGACAGCCGCAGAUGUUAACGACGAGCGGAGCGAAGGAUGCGUCUCGGACAAAGCAUUACUAAUGGAGACGCCUUCAUCAGCUGGAGGUGUUGGAUGAGGAAAAGCUUGCUUUAGUGCUGACACAAAGAGAUAAAUAACACGUCAUUAAUUUUACAAAUAUGCUGAUAAACCAAUUUUUCAAGCAGAAAUUCAGAAUAUUUUCAGGUCCCAGCUCCUCAAAUCUGCCCGAUUUCUCUGAUUUAUCUGUCGUCGAGGUUCUGGAGUACAAACAUGUGAACCUCCAAACACCCACCCUGCACUGGGGGCCCAUUAGAGGAGCCCUGAGCCCAGACAGGCGACCCGGUGGGCGUUCAGAGGUCUGGGUAACAAAAUCAAAGCCCCUCAGGUUUAUUGUUGGAGCAGGUAAAUGGAUUCAAUCUAAUUAUUGCCAAAGCAUCAAUUUUCUCAAAGACAUAACUUAGCACGUUUGUAGUUUCCACACAGGACACGUUAGGAUUACGGCUGAUGCUUUUAUUCUGAAAGUACCUGCAGCUGUUUUAGUGACAUGAACCUUUAAGUGUUUGGCUUCAAAAAAUAAGAUUUUGGAUAAUAUGAGUGUUUAGUUGACAGCUUCUUAAAACUCAUUUAUGAUGCACAGUAUCUAACUAAAGCUGCUAAUAAGCUAUAAAAGACAUUUAAAGGUACUCUAACGUAGACGUUUCUCUGAGUUUGUAGCUCUCGUCGGUCUAAUUUGUGGCCUCUGACGUUUCCCCGGGAUACACAGAGCAUUCCUUCGGGACAUGUCAUCAUGGUUUGAUGUUUCUGGGUGAGACUGUGUUUCCCUCUGAUGUUGGGUUCAGACUACAGGGAGCGUCGGAUUAGAUGGUUUUGCGUCACAUUGGGUCAUUAACAUGUCACGAACAUAAACAUGACAAUCAUCGCUGUUCGCUGUGUUUCACAACCUGAUAAAAGUCUCUGCACACGAGGACCGAGGGACCAACACAAAUGUAAUCAUGUGCUGUGGCGUGCGCGGCAGAGCUCUCAGACCGCUGAGGACGACUUAUCUGCGUUUCCGUCUGAAUCUGAAAACCCGUUAAAAACCCACGAGGCGACUCAGGGCGGAGUCUUAACGAGAUUAAUGAAUGACAUGAGCAGAUCGCUAUCCCAAACUCAAACCGGACUCCAUGAUGUUCUCCCUACGAACAACGUGAAGAAAAACGACCUCCUCGCCAAUUUAUCCCGUAAGACUUUAUGUCAGAUUUUGCCGUAAUUGGAAUUCUUGAGUUAUGGUCGUAACAGCGAGUUGGACCUUUAUCGCUAAAUUAAGUGCUAACAAUUCCCAUCCAAUCCUGCGAUAUCACGUUCAUAAUAAUGAAACGCAUGCACUACCUGGAAGAAUCCGCCUCCAGGCUUCACCUGUCCCCGCCUUAAUUGUUUUACAUUAGUGGCGCCUUCUUGGAGGUGAAACUUGGUGGGGUUCCUUCUGUGGAGGUGGAGGAGACGAGAUCCUCAGAGAAAGAGCUCCGCCUGGCUCGUCCGAGUGUUUCCCACUUCAUUCAUACUGUGGGAUCAUUGUGUGUGUCAUAAACCAUCAGAUCUCCCAUCUGAUGACGUUCGUCAGCGCUUCGCGUCUCUGCGUUGGGGCCGACAUCGCUCUAUCGUGGAGUCUCAAUCCAACACGGUGACGUAACUGAGCGACGUGCAGUGCUGAGGUCACAAAUAGACCGAUUCCUGACAUGCAUGCUACUCUGUGUGUUUAGUGCACUAUGAUGCAGAUGUAUCCACUGUAUUAAAGCUGUUUAGCUCCUAUUUAUUCUGUUGGUGGACGUGUUCGUGUAAAAUAUUUGUUCUAUUAAAGUCAGCCAAACCACA